UCGCGGGGGGAGGGGUGGGGUUUGAAGGAAGCGGAAGUGUCAGAGCAGGCGGAAGUGGUACUGCCCUGAAUACCCUGAGCAGCGAGCGGAGGACGGCUUGAUUAACUCCCAUCUUUCAGAGAAUAAAAUCCGGAUCCUUAGUGCGCUCUAAAUCAGAAAGAUGGAUAAGAGCGACCUGGUGCAGAAAGCCAAGCUGGCAGAGCAGGCCGAGCGCUACGAUGACAUGGCGGCUGCCAUGAAGUCUGUGACGGAGCAGGGGGUGGAGCUUAGCAACGAGGAGCGCAACCUGCUGUCUGUUGCCUACAAGAACGUGGUGGGGGCCCGUCGCUCAUCCUGGCGUGUCAUCUCUAGCAUUGAGCAGAAGACGGAGGGGAACGAGAAGAAAAAGCAAAUGGCCCGCGAUUACCGCGUGAAGAUCGAGACUGAACUCCAAGAAAUCUGCAACGAUGUGCUGGGUCUGCUCGACAAACACCUCAUUGCAAAUGCAAGUCAGGCGGAGAGUAAGGUGUUCUACCUCAAAAUGAAAGGAGACUACUACAGAUACCUGUCAGAGGUGGCCUCUGGGGAAACCAAGAAGGACACGGUGGACAACUCUCAGGAGGCCUACCAGCAAGCCUUUGACAUCAGCAAGAAGGACAUGCAGCCAACGCACCCCAUCCGACUGGGCCUAGCCCUCAACUUCUCCGUCUUCUACUACGAAAUCCUCAACUCGCCCGAGCAGGCCUGCAGUCUGGCCAAGUCGGCUUUCGACGAGGCCAUUGCUGAGCUCGACACCUUGAAUGAGGACUCGUACAAAGACAGCACGCUGAUCAUGCAGCUACUAAGGGACAACCUCACUCUGUGGACAUCAGAAAACCAGGGAGAUGAGGGUGAAACCGGCGAUGGAGAAAACUAGAGCGCACUUCACUGUUACCCCUCCUCCUUCUCCUCCUUCUCCUCCUCCUUCCUCCUGCUCCUCCUCCUUCCUCCUGCUCCUCCUCUUCAUACACAUCGACAGCCCAUUCCUUCCCUCUCGUCAGACCACACCUCCUGACCUCUGACCUCCCUUCUGUAUAACCAACAGCAUGAAUGGUCCAACCCACUGUCACAGAAAAAGAAAUGAAGAAACAAAAACCAAUGAAGAUAAAGACGACAAAUGAAGAUAACAGAGGGGAGGGGAGGGGGGAGGGGCCUCCUCCUCCUCCCCCUCCUCCUCCUCCAUCCUCCCUGUUUGAUCGUAUCACUCUUCCAGGACAGGGAGGCUCAACUAUCAGACAGAUCACUGACUUUCAGACACCCACCCCACCCCAUGUGAAUCCCUCUUCCUCUUCCUCCUCCUUCUUUUCUCUCUUUAGCCAGUUAAUGCAUUGAUCUCUAGCUGUCCAUCCAUCCAUCCCUCUUCUCCUCUUUUUGGCUUUUCAUAGUGUACUGGCAAAUGGCUGGUUUUAUUCCACUUUAAACAACAAGAAAAAAGGUUAUUAAACUGUCCGUUUAUUUUCAACAAA